AUGGAGUGUUCUGAGUAUUUCAAGACGAUGCAUCCAGUGUAUACGAAUAUUUCUGCGCAAUUUACUGGGAUUGGGCAUGUGUUGAUUGAUGGCGAAGCCUUGAUGAAUAAUGUGCGUAUGAAGUACGGAUUGAAUGAUGCAAAUGUGCCUUUACAUACGUAUUUGCAUGGGACUAGGUUUAUGCUGCAUAAUCUUAAGAAAGCAGGAUUCAGUGGAAUAAUGCUGUUUUUUAGAAGGGAGGAUGGAUACAGGAGAGUGAUUAAGGAAUAUCUACAGCGAAGGUUUGGAGGGAUAGAUAUAAGCGAGGUGAAAGAGUAUGUUGAGAACGAGAGGGUGGCGCUUGUUCUUGGUGGAGUAGAAGGAAAUGAGAUUGAGUUUUUGUAUGGAUGUCUUGGAAUUAGCCUGUACUGUGCAGUGAUGGAUCAGAUGGAAUUUAGAAUACCUAAUGUGCAUGCCUUUGUGUACAGUCCGCUACCUAGAAGAGUUGAGAUGAGCUCGAAUGUAUAUGGAGUAGGAAAUAAUGAGAAUGAAAGUGAUUCUGAGGAAUAUAUGGAUGUUAGUGAGGAGAUGCAAAGGAUUGGAGCAAAUAUGACACUUGAGGAGAUGGAUAGAAAGUUUAAAAUGAGAACUGAGCCUUUUGGAAAGAGUGAGUAUGAGGUGCCUGAGAAUAUUUGCAGAAAACUUGCUAGGAUGUACAGCAAAGGAGGAGAAGAAGGAGAAAAUGAUUUUGACGGAAGAAUGCUGUUUGAAGAUGUAUUUAUGAGCGUAAAUGAGAAUGAGGAGAGAUAUGAUAUGAUAGUUGGGGAAGGACAUAAACAAAUAAAAAGCAAACACAAAGGAAUAGAGCUUGAGCUGCUGACUAAUGGAAAGGAGAUGCCUACUGGAUCAGCAAUGUCGCACAUGAGGAAUGUUAGGAAGUCUGCACAGUCACUGUUUGAUGGAAAGGUGCUGUAUGCACCGAUAGUGAGAUCUAAGGAAAGCAAGGCACCGAAGAUAUCAAAUAAGCAGAAGAUGAUAAUGGAGGAGAACAGCAAAAGAAUGCAGGCAGAGAAAGAAGCAAAGGAAAAUGCAUGGCUGAAGAGUUUUUUUGGUAAGUACAAGGGAUUGGAUGUUGAUGGAAAGAGGAGUCUACUAGAGAGUGUGAAGGCAGAUGGAUCUGGAAUGUAUAGGAAGGUGCUGCUACUGAAGAUUGAGUUCUACACAGAUCUAUGGGGAUUUGAAAGCAAAUCUGAUGAUUAUGAUGAAAGAAUGGUUGUUCCAUGCUAUUUGAGCUGUCUUGAGUAUAUUCAGGAUUUUGGAAGGAUAGGAAGUAAGGAACAGGCACCGAAGAAGGAACUUGAAUUUGUGUUGCAGAAGCUAAUUGAUUGUGGAUUUGAAGCUACUGCAAGGGAGAUAGUUGAGAAGAAUGGACUGAAGGGUCUGGAGCUUGAUUAUGUGACAGAGGAAGGAAGUGGACCGAAUGAGUUUGACAUUUGCUUCCAACUGAAGUAUACUGGAGACAGACUGCAAAGAAGUCUGAAUUCGAAGUUUGAUGCACGUGUUCUUUUCAAGCCUGACGAAUGGCAGGUGAAACUGCUUGAUCUUGUAGAUGAGAAUAAGAGUGCGGUGAUAUCUGCGCCUACAAGUGCAGGAAAGACAUUUAUUUGCUUUUAUGCAAUAGAGAAGGUGCUGAGGGAGAGCGACACUGAUGUGGUGAUUUUCUGCUUGCCUACGAAGGCAUUAGUGAAUCAAGUGUCAGCAGAUAUAUAUGCAAGGUUUACACCGAAGGUUAAUUCGAAAAUGUUUCUACAGGGCAAUCUAAUGAAGGACUUCUGUGUUGCACCAUGGGACUGCCAGGUGUUGAUUGUAAUACCAUCGCUGCUUGAAUCGAUACUGAAUUCGCCUCCCAAGGGGUUUAUUGAGCGAGUCAGGUAUAUUAUUAUUGAUGAAGUGCACAAGAUUGGAAGUGAAGAGAUGGGUAUACCGAUUGAGAGGAUAGUGCAUCUCUCACCUUGCCCGAUGCUGGUGCUUAGUGCAACGCUUGGAAACAUCGAUGGGUUUUAUGGAUGGAUGAAGAAGAUAGAGAAUGGUAAAGGGCGAGAGUGUGAGCUUGUGUCUUAUGGAGAGAGAUAUUGUGAGUUGAAGCCGUAUGUUUAUGUAGGAACGAACAGCCAGAAGAUAGUGGCGAUAAAUAAUCUGUUUGCAUAUUCUUAUACACAUAUAAAGCGGUUUGGAUUUGGAAACGAUAUUAGCUUUCUUCCUGAGGAGCUUUUGUACCUGUAUGAUUCAAUAUGUGCGGUUGUUGGAGAGGAGCAUUUGGAUCAGAUUAGUGGAUUAAUGCCUAAGAGCUUCUUCAAGAGCAAUAUUAUAACUAAGAAGGAUGUGAGUGAGUAUGGAAGACAUUUACUGAUGAAGUUCCAAGAGAUGAUAGAGAAUGAUGUAUUAUCUGAGAAGCAGGUCAGUAAUGUAUACAAGAUGCAGACAAGAGAGGCGUUGAAGGCAUUUAAGGUGGUUAACGAUUACAGUAAUGAAUAUCUCCUUGAUAAUAUGCUUGAUAUGCUUCUUGAGCUGAAAGAGCGGAAGAUGUUUCCUUGCAUUGUUUUCAACACUGACAGGGACUUUGUGAGCAAGCUUGCAUUAAGAGUUUAUGAAAGGCUUGAAAGUAUGGACAUGGAGAAGAAGAAGAACAAGCUUCUUGAGAAGAUGAUGAAGGAAGCAAAGAGGACAAGAGAUGUUGAGAAGAGCAGGAAUAGCUGGGAGGAGGAGUCUGCAGCAGCAGAGCAGAGCUUCCAGAUGCGAGAUGACAAGAAGAACAUCAAGUACAGCUUUAUUGAUCCAUUGACGAAGCUUACAGACUAUGAGCUUGAUGAGGAGACAAGGUUUAUAAAGAACACCAGUUUUGAGUUUAUUGAUAUGCUUUAUCGAGGGAUUGGAGUUCAUCAUGCACACAUGAAUAAGAGAUAUCGGUCUCUGGUUGAGAUCCUAUUUAGGCAGAAGCAUUUGCAGGUACUUUUUGCAACAGAGACGCUAGCGCUUGGUAUAAAUAUGCCAUGUAGGAGCGUUGUAUUUGCAGGUGAUUCGCUACAGCUGGACCCAAUGAAUUACAAGCAGAUGGCAGGACGUGCAGGACGACGAGGAUUUGAUACACUUGGGAAUGUAGUAUUUAUGGGAGUACCUCAACACCGUGUGCAAAACCUUAUGGUAUCGCUGCUUCCAAAUAUCAAAGGAGUGUAUACAUAUUCUAAUACAAGCUUUGUUGGAUUUGAUUUGAAGGAGUCAUUGAUUAAGAAUCCGUUAUUGCAAAGCACGCUGUACAGUAGCAGUAGCCUAGAACAUGUUGAGAGGGGAAUGGAUGAGAUGAAGAUUGUAGAUACAGCAAAGGGAGGUAAAGGCGUAGGAUUAACAAAUGGAGGAGCGGAUGUACAAACGAAUGAAGAGAAUGUGUAUGACAUGAGUGAUGUGUAUGGAAGUGAGAAGCAUAGAAGGGAGCUUGUAGAGCAUCAGCUCAAGCUGAUUGAGCCAUACUUUGGUGAUAAAUCUUAUCUUUGCGACCUUGUGAUUGGAAAUCGAGAGUGUGAUCCAUCUAUUCUGGCUUUUGCUCUACUACUUGAAUGCAAUGUAAUCUCAUUUGAGCCAAUGUGUUUUAUGACAACAUUGGCGCACUUUUUUGAGACGAGGCCGCUGUUGUUUGAUAUGGAAUGUACACUUCCUGGAUUAGACCCAGCAAUUGGUCAGUUAUGUAGGAAGAUUAAUACGAUAUCAAAGAGAUCGAUCAGUGAGUUCUAUCCGCCAAUUCUAAGAUCUUUACAGCAAAUGUCUCAUUCACCGCUGCAUACGAUCUAUUCGUUCUUGGUUGUGGAUAAUAUUGAUAAGAUAAAGAACUCGUAUCUUGUUGAUUUCUUCAAGCAUGGGAGUUGGGAGAGAAUAGCAAAUGAAAACCGUGUUGGGUCUGGAGAGCUUUUUAAGUCACUGAGUGUUGUCAAUAAUGUUAUACUGACAUUGAUUAGACUUUAUGGUGAUUAUGAUCUUUGCGAGGAGAAUAAGUCCAAAAUAGUGAAGUUCUACUCUUUGUUUGAUCCGAAGUUUAAAUCAAUAUAUGCAUGA